CUCUCCUUUAAUUGUUCAUCUCGCUCUGUUGUGGUAGCCGUGAGCUGCUUCCGUCUUAGUCCUAUGAUGUUUCUUGCCGCCAACUUCAUACUGAUGAUGUACUUCCGGUCACGUUCUGUGCCUGGAACGCACAUGCGUUCCACCUGCGAUCUCAUUCUGUACUUGGAACGUAUAUGA